AUGUCAUUCAUGAAUGGCUGCGACCGGUGCUACUGCUCAGAGGAUGGUGUAUCAGCAGUAUGCCAGUUCCUGCCCUGUAACGACGUCACAGGCAACGACAGACUAGAAGAGAUCGAGAAGGAGCCAACAUACAUCAACUUGAGUAUUGUUGCUUUAAGUGUAGUACGCCGGGAAGGGAAAGACUGUCUCCGUUUGCACUCAGGCAACUUGUUCUACUUUUGUGGCUACCCAGAAGGAAAUCUCAAAGGAGAUGGUGGAAGUCGAAGUGAAGGUAGGGGUAGUGGUACAGUUGAAGGUGGACAUUUAGGUAGAGAUGGAAGUGGAGGCGUUGGUGGUAGAAGGGGUAAUGUAGGUGGGCAUAGAGGUGGAGUUAGUGGUGGAACUGUUGUUGGAGGUGAAGAUGGAGGUGGAAGUGGUGGCAGACGAAAUAGUGGCAGAGGUGGUGGAAAUGUUGGUCGAGGUGUAGCUAGCAGUGGAGUUGGAGGUGGAGGUAGAGGUGGAGGUGGGGAAGGAGGUAGAAGUAAAGUUGGAGCUGCUGGAAGUGGAGCUGGUGUAGGAGUUAGUGGAAAUGGAGGUGGACAUAGAGGUGGAGAUGUUGGAGGAAUUGGUGAUCGAAGUGGAAGUGGGAGUGAAGGUGGUCUUAGAUGGCAUAGUAGUAAGGGUGGUGAAGAUGCUGGUGAAAAUGGAGAUGGGCGGAGAAGUGAAUGUGGAGGUGGACGAGGAGAUGGACAUACAGGUGGAGGUAGAGGUGGCGAUGGAGCAGGAAGUAGAAGUAGAGUUGGAGUUGCAGGAAGUGGAGUUGGAUUAGGGGUUGGAAUUGGGGUUGGAGUGGGAGUAGGAGUUGGAAUUGGAGUAGGAGUUGGAGGUGGAGUUGGAGUUGGAAUUGGAGUUGGAGUUGAACCUGGGGAUGGAAGUGGAAAUGGUCACAGGGGUGAAGAUAGAAUGCGUUUAGUACCUGACCGUCCAUGCAUGCCAGGGAAUGUGGUCUUUCGAAACCACACCUAUAACUGCUUUUGUUUAGGUGAUAGUGACAAAGUUUUAUGUCUUGAUCUGGAAGUCAGAGCUAUAGGCAAAGAUGAGUUGACUUCUUAG